AUGUGCAACGGGCGGGAGUGCGGGCGGGAGCGCGCGUUCCGCGCCUCCCUGCACGAGCACGACGCGAGGCCGGGGCCGGAGCCGGCGGCGUCUGCGUGCCGGCGCGACGCGAAGGCGGAGGCCAUGACGGUGGCGACGUUGCCGGCCAAGGGACGCGCGCGGGCGGCGACGGGGGAGGAGCGGGAGCAGGAGUGGAGGCAGCGGCCGCGGCAGGCGGUGGCCGAGGCGGAGAUCGAGAGGACGGAGAAGCUCAUGCACCUGCUCCUCUGGGGACCCAACUGA